UUCCUCUUCACCUCCACCACCCUCUCGUUCUCCUCCUCCUCCCCGCGCCGCCACGCGCUCGCAUCGCAUCCACCAGCGCCCAAAAACCCUACACCUGCAAACCCUAGCCGCCCGCGGUAAUGGCCGGCGUCCUGCGGCUCGCCGGCGCCGCGCGGUCCCCACUGGCCCGCGCGCUGGCCCCCGCCGCACGGAGGAUGGGGGCGUCGGCGGCGGCGGCUAUGGAGGACGAGGCGUACUGGACCGAGUGGGAGGAGGAGGAGGAGAAGGCGAGGGCGCGGGAGUCCGCGCCCGUCGCGGAGAUGUGCCCCACCGGCGGCGGCGGCGGUGGCCCGCAGUGGGUGGUGAUGGGGAGGCCCGGGCCGCAGAAGCACGCCCACGCCGCCCGCCUCGCCGAGGUGCUCGCCGUGCCGUACAUCUCCAUGGGGACGCUCGUCAGGCAGGAGCUCAGCCCGGCGUCCUCUCUCUACAAGAAGAUUGCAAAUUCGGUGAAUGAAGGGAAACUUGUGCCCGAGGACAUUAUAUUUGGAUUGCUGACGAAGCGUCUUGAGGAGGGAUACAAUAAGGGUGAAACUGGAUUCAUCCUUGAUGGGAUCCCACGCACUCAUAUGCAGGCGGAGAUUCUCGAUGAGAUUGUGGAUAUCGACUUGGUUCUGAACUUCAAAUGUGCUGAUAACUGUUUUAUGAAGAGGCGGUUUGGUGGUGACAUCUGCCCCCACUGUGGACAGCUUUUUGAUUUUAGCAAAACUGCGUCUUCAGACCGUAAUCCGAGCCUUGGGAGCUGUACAUGGCCUUCUCAGGUGCAACAUGCUGCAGUUUUAGGUCUGGAGGACUCGAGAAUGGAGAAGAUGCGUGCUUAUGCUGAACAGACCAAGCUACUGGAAGACUACUACAGGAAACAGAGAAAACUUAUGGAAUUGAAGACAUCAGCUCGCCCUGGAGAAACAUGGCAGGGACUUGUCGCUGCCCUACAUCUCCAGCAUCUGGAUGCAUCCCCGACGCCGCACAAACUCACUAUGUAAAUAUCGUUUGUGUGUUGUCUGAGAAAGAUCAAAGAACUUGAGUCUAAGGAUCUAGAUUGUGAUCCUAGCCUGCAACAUAUGUAGUAUUCCUAUCCUAUGUUUGUGGAUUCUGACUUCUGAGGAGUCAGCCGGCUGUCAUUUUUGUCUCUCUGUUUUCAUAGAUAUAAAUGUAAGCGAUUUUGCGGACGCACUUAUAUGUUUGUAAUGAAGAAUACUGGACUUGCGAGUGCAAGUAUACCAGCUUGUUUUCCUCCUUAUCA